AUGGAACAACAUCAAAACCCGAAAGACUCGAUGAAGUCAACCUGGCGUCGAUGGGACCGAAGCCAAUGGACACUAUCACACAAACUCCUUGAACAAGCGAACGUUUACCACGUUGACCUGGAUCGAGAGGUCCCGGUUCACUCAAAAGAGGAAAAGUUACCCUACGUCUCAGACUUGUCUCUCCACCGCUGGAUUAUCUUCCAUGCGGCUAUACCACUCAUCCUCCAUCAACUUUAUGUGUAUCUGACCGGCCACAAUUUCGGUCCCAUCAUUGCGAUUUUCACCAGUCGUGAACUUCGAAAGCUUCGCGAGAUGGGCCGUACCUAUGGGUUUUUAGAUGGCGACAAACACGAGCGAGAUGGCGUCCCCGACGUGGGAGUUUCCAAAGUCCUGAUAUCGGUCAUGCUGGCAAGCCUAGUUCGCCCAAUGAUGAUGGUGUAUCUUACCUACACUGCAAAUAAGGCCCCGGCAUCACUAAGCUGGCGAUGGCUCCCCCUCGAAGUCAGUCUAUAUGGCAUCGUUCUUGACUUUUGGUUUUACUGGUACCAUCGCAUCAUGCAUGAUGUAAACGGACUCUGGAAGUUUCACCGGACGCAUCACCUCACCAAGCACCCAAAUCCGCUCUUGACUAUCUAUGCGGACUCAGAACAAGAGUUCUUUGACAUUGCAGGGAUCCCCCUGAUAACCUAUCUUACAAUGAAGUUUAUGGGGUUCCCAGUGGGAUUCUAUGAGUGGCAUAUAUGUCAGCUCUAUGUACUAUUCGCAGAGCUAGCCGGACACAGCGGUCUUCGUCUGCAUGCAUCACCGCCCAAUCCCUUGACCUGGCUCAUGCGCAUCUUCGACGCAGAAUUGGUUAUUGAAGAUCAUGAUCUUCAUCAUCGAAAGGGGUGGAGGAAGAGUCAUAAUUAUGGAAAGCAAACACGGGUUUGGGAUCGUGUAUUUGGUACCUGCUGCGACCGGAUUGAGGGAGUAGAUACCAAUGUGGACUACAACAACACGGUUCAAAUGAGCAUCUUCUAG